GUAGCGCGCUGGGCGGCAGAGCGGGCGGCGCAGGCCGGGCUGGGCCCGCGCGCAGCGGCAGCAGCAGCGGCGCCCCGGGCCGGAGGCGGCCCAGCCGAGCGGGCCAUGGCCACCGCCAUUCAGAACCCGCUUAAGUCCCUUGGCGAGGACUUCUACCGGGAGGCCAUCGAGCACUGUCGCAGCUACAACGCGCGCCUGUGUGCCGAGCGCAGCCUGCGCCUGCCCUUCCUCGACUCGCAGACCGGCGUGGCCCAGAACAACUGCUACAUCUGGAUGGAGAAGACCCACCGCGGGCCUGGUUUGGCCCCGGGACAGAUCUACACUUACCCCGCCCGCUGUUGGAGGAAGAAACGGAGACUCAACAUCCUGGAGGACCCCAGGCUCCGGCCCUGCGAGUACAAGAUCGAUUGUGAGGCACCGCUGAAGAAGGAGGGUGGCCUCCCGGAAGGGCCAGUCCUCGAGGCUCUGCUGUGUGCUGAGACUGGAGAGAAGAAAGUGGAGCUGAAGGAGGAGGAGACCAUCAUGGACUGUCAGCACAUCAGUGCCCCCACCUUCUUGACCCCCCAAUCUCCCUUCUACUGGGCCCAGAAACAGCAGUUGCUGGAGUUUCCGCAUGAUCUCGAGGUAGAAGACUUGGAGGAAGACAUGCCCAGGAGGAAGAACAGGGCCAAAGGAAAGGCAUAUGGCAUUGGAGGUCUCCGCAAACGCCAGGACACCGCAUCUCUGGAGGACCGAGACAAGCCUUACGUCUGUGAUAUCUGCGGGAAGAGAUAUAAGAACCGGCCAGGACUCAGCUACCAUUACACCCACACCCACCUGGCUGAGGAGGAGGGGGAGGAGCACACUGAGCGCCACGCCCUGCCUUUUCACCGGAAAAACAACCAUAAACAGUUUUACAAAGAAUUGGCCUGGGUCCCCGAGGCACAGAGGAAACACACAGCCAAGAAAGCACCAGAUGGCACUGUCAUCCCCAAUGGCUACUGUGACUUUUGCCUGGGGGGCUCCAAGAAGACUGGGUGUCCCGAGGACCUCAUCUCCUGUGCAGACUGUGGGCGAUCAGGACAUCCCUCGUGUUUACAGUUCACCGUGAACAUGACCGCAGCUGUGCGGACCUACCGCUGGCAGUGCAUUGAAUGCAAGUCCUGCAGCCUGUGUGGCACCUCGGAGAAUGACGGUGCCAGCUGGGCGGGUCUCACCCCCCAGGACCAGCUGCUGUUCUGUGAUGACUGCGAUCGAGGUUACCACAUGUACUGCCUGAGCCCUCCCAUGGCGGAGCCCCCGGAAGGGAGCUGGAGUUGCCACCUCUGUCUUCGGCACUUGAAAGAGAAGGCCUCUGCUUACAUCACCCUGACUUAGGCCUGGCUCUGCUUCCCCAGCACCUUCGGGUGGUGCUAUCUUCUGCCUCUUGGAGUUCCUGGCUCUUCCCACCCGGUGUCCUCAGUGGAAGGGAUAGGGUGAAACCCAGAGUCGGGGGAGGGGGCGGGCAAAGCAUUCUCCCUCUGCAAGUGGAAUGUUACCCUGUGAGUGGGUGGGUCCAGCAGGGUCACUCCUGUCCCCCCUCUUCAUCCCUUGACAAAUGGGCACCAGGCUUCUGCUCUCCUCAAAGCCAUACCCCGCCUCUGGGCGGGCAUAGAGGGGCAGUGGAUGCCAGCCAGCGGCACGAAAAGAGCCUUUUUCUAAAGAAAAAGACAAAACGUGAAAAAAAAAAAAGGGAAAAAAAGAAAUUAAUAUAUACAAAGAGUCCUAUAAAGCCUGGCUGGGUGGAGAGGCACUGUUGAGUGUCUGCUGGGGAGCUGACUUUACCAGUUUCCUGAAUGGCGCCUCCCCACCUCAUUUCUGGAGUUGCAAUGGUCUCAGCUCCCAUCUGAGGUGGGUAGGAUCCCUUCCUCGGUACCCACCGUGGAUACUGCAUGUGAACUAUGGUUUUGAACUCUUCCUGCUCCUCCUUGAGAGCCCCGUGCAGCGCCCUCCCGGUGCCUGCCUGCCAGGCCUGGGCGUGCAGCUGGGGGAGGCCGUGGGGUGAGGCAGGCAGGCAGCCAGCCCACUGCAGUGAGAAGCACAGAUUGCAAUGGACUCAGUUAUUUUUUUUUUUUUUCUUUCCUUUCCCCCUUCCCACCCCUUUCCUUCCCUGCCCAGCCAGGCUGGGCUGCCUCCUGCCCCCCUCGCUAGCCAUUUGGGGGUGGCAAGGGGGUGUGGUUGUUUCUCGUGGUUGUGUGUGUUUGUUGUUCGGGUUUUUAAAAGGGGAAAUUGAGACUGCAAGUGGGGGAGGUGGAGGGUCUGGGGGAGUCUGCCCCCAAUCCAGGAGUACCCCCCUUGCCACCAAGUCUCCUUUAUUGCCUGCCUCUGCUGUGAAUUAACUUGUUCUGUGUAUUAAACUGGGCCUGACCCCUCUGCCCACAA